AAAAGGGGUGAGCGGGGAGAGGAGAGGCGCCUUAUCCAGCUCGUGGCCCGCUGUGGACUGAGCCCGAUAAACGGAGACUUGCCGCAGUCUCGCGACAGGGUGUCACGAUAAGAAUAAAGGGCAACUGGGACGAACGGUAGAGGCGUUCAACGAGAAAACAAGCCUUAGUAUAAGCCAGGAGUCGGGGUGGAGUUGGAGGGGUUACGGAGCGGAACCGGAAAUAGGAAACUACCGCUCCCAGAAGGCUUGGCGGCAGAGUCCUGGAUGUUGGGGCCGCGUAGCCUGACGGAACGGGUAGUUUUGCGGACCACUUAACCUACGGAGAUUGCCGAGGUUGGAAGUUCUGGGGCCUGGGGCUCCCCGAGCAGGAGAGAUGGAACUGGAGCAGAGAGAGGGGACUAUGGCAGCCGUGGGCUUCGAGGAGUUCUCGGCGCCGCCAGGCUCGGAGUUGGCGCUGCCUCCGCUCUUCGGUGGUCACAUCCUGGAGAGCGAGCUUGAGACCGAAGUGGAGUUUGUGUCCGGGGGUCUGGGCGGCUCCGGGCUCCGGGAGCGAGAUGAAGAGGAAGAGGCAGCCCGGGGCCGUCGGCGGCGCCAGCGGGAACUAAAUCGCAGGAAGUACCAGGCGCUGGGUCGGCGCUGCCGGGAGAUCGAGCAGGUGAACGAGCGGGUCCUGAACAGGCUCCACCAGGUGCAGAGAAUAACUCGGAGACUCCAGCAGGAGCGGAGGUUCCUCAUGAGAGUACUGGACUCCUACGGCGAUGACUACCGCUCCAGCCAGUUCACCAUCGUGCUGGAGGACGAGGGCAGCCAGGGCACAGAUGCCCCCACCCCCGGCAAUGCCGAGAACGAGCCUCCAGAGAAAGAGGGGCUGUCUCCACCUAGAAGGACGCCCGUGCCCCCGGAGCCAGGCAGCCCAGCCCCUGGUGAGGGGCCCAGCGGAAGGAAGAGGCGGCGCACACCACGUGACGGCCGGCGAGUGGGGGCUGCGCUGACCCCGGAACUGGCCCCGAUCAAGGUCGAGGAAGACUUCGGCUUUGAAGCGGAUGAGGCCCUCGACUCAAGCUGGGUUUCCCGGGGGCCAGACAAGCUGUUGCCCUACCCCACCCUAGCCAGCCCCCCCUUUGACUGACUCCCCCCAAUAAACCAGCCCCCACUCUCA